AUGUUCUCAAACAUUCUCAGCUGGUGGAAAUCCAAAUUGAUCAUAAAUGUAGAUAAUCCGUUAGAGGCAUCGAAGCGAAUGAUCAAUAAUAUAGAAUCUGUUGUCGGGAUACGAGAUACCUUCGGAGAUGAAAAAAAUAAAAAAAAUUUCACUAUCAUUUCUAUACUAAGCACGAUUGUGUUCUGCGGUGGUUUCAUCUACACGGGACCAUUCAGUCAAGGUGUUUACUUCUUCCAAGUACUACCAGACAAGAUCAACAGCUUCCAAGCGAUGAAUUGUUUCAGCUCGACCUGUGUGCCCUUGUCAAAAUUCAUCUUAAUGUACUGCUCGAGAACUCGCCUUAGUAUCAUAAUGGAUAUGAGUCGCGAAGGAUUGCAAGCUAUACCUAAAGGAAGUUCGGCUCAUUCCACAAUGAUGAAAACAAUUCAAAAAGCUGGCUACGUGUCUUGGCUGGUGAUCUUAAAUCAGAUGUUCGUUCACGUCUCCUACCUCCUCCUACCUUUCCUCAUGACCAUAUUUGGUAAUAAUAGAUAUUUACCUACUACCCCUGGAGGUAUAUAUGGAAUCCCUUCAAAAUAUGAAAGUCCAUACUAUGAAAUUAAUUUCAUAGUAACAACCAUUGCUACAACUUUUUCUGGCAUUAAUCAAACUGGAUAUAUUGUUCUGUUUGUGACUCUGGUUGGAAAUGAACUCGGACAUUUUUAUGCUAUUUGCGAGACGCUGAACGACAUUCAUAAAAUUCUAUAUAACAAUACGCAGCAUAAUGAAGAAGAAAGAAAUAAUUGCGCCGAUUCAAAACAAACUACCGCUCUUUCAGACUCUGCUUUCGCUGAGGAUAAACACAAGAAAAUUGAUAAUAUGCUAAGGUUCUGCGUGAAACACCAACAAUUCCUAUUCAGAUACCAUGAAAAGAUUUGUGAACUGUAUAAAGUAAUAUUCGGAGCGCACUUUUUGAUAAUGAUCAUUGUACUUGUGACGACUCUGCAGACGAUGAACUCUUGGGGUUUGAUGAAUACAAUUCUGACGGGUGUUACGGGAACAAUGCCCCUAAUAGUAUAUUGCUUCGGCGGAGAGUUGCUUCUAACUGCUGGAUCAGAUAUGUCUUACGGAAUAUACUCGUGCGGUUGGGAGGCAAUGGAAAUUAAACAUUCAAGAAUGGUACAGCUGAUGUUGUGUAUGUCGCAACAUCCACUCUGUUAUACUGCCGCCGGAAUAUUCAUAAUGAAUCAUGACACAUUUGGAAACGUAGUUCAAGUUAUAUAUAAAAUAUAUGCGGUAUUUAACUAA